AUGUUUUCAUUUUUAGCUGACACUGACAAGGAAUUGGAUGUUGAUUCUAAUUCUGAUUCUGGGACUGAGCAUGGUUCCAUAUCCAUAUCUGACAAGAAUGAUUCAGAUACGACUGGCUCUGAUUCAGACACUCCACUGCAAGAUUUAGCAAGGGAUACCAAAAAGAAGAAAACUGACGAUGUUAAUAUCAUCAAACGAGGAAAGGAAAAUGUUUUGAACGAACUUGAUCAAGAAAAUGAACAGAAACGUAUAAACAGAAAAUUAAGACAUGAACAGAGGAGAAAUGAUCGUCUCCUGCUUGCUGAAAACUCUGAGAGAUCGAAAGGAUCAGACAAGCAACGGCAGUCCAUCUCUUCAAAUGGUGAACCUCGUAACCAUGGAACUCAGAGAGAUGACCUAGCUGGUAGCACUGAGACUAAUAAGGAGCAAGUACCUUGUAGCCAAGAUGGUCCUCCAAAGUCUCAACUUCAGGGAAAUGUCUCAGGAGCUAGCAGUGAGGAUAUUGAUGCCAGCCAGCCUGCAAAAGAAUUGAAACGCAAGCGUAAGCGAACUCGAGUUAUGUACUCAAAGGCUGUUUUUGAUGGGGAAUACUACCGUCACAAGACAGAAUCAGAUACUGUUGUACCCAUCAGAGAUGGUAGUUCAAUUUUUAUCCACAAGAGAGCCAUGAAGGAGGUGAAGAAGGCUUCAACAGCCACAGCUGCUGCCCGACGGCUUGUCAAAGCAGUGUUUUCAGACAAGGCUCUUAUUGAAUGUUCUGUAUCAGGCAGGCCGUCAAACUCCACAAGGAGUGGAGAGCGGGUUAUUCGCCCACCACUUCAUGCUGAUGGUGUGAAUGAAAUUCUUGAUUUUAUUGAGCAUCGGUGCACAAAGAAAAAUUGGGGAAAAAUUCAAGAGACACCUGUCAAACGCGCUAUGAUGGAUGUCAUGAAUGAAGACAGAUAUUUUUUGCAUCUCCAAUCCCAGCAGCAAGAACAGCAAAGUAGGCAGGGCUAAAAUUCAUUCAUCUCAAUGUUUUCAAGUUUAUUUGAAAACAUUCUGAGAUGCUUUGAAUUCUACAUUGAAUGUAACUGAUCUCAGGUAGUUUAUUUUUAGUGGAAACUCCGCAUUGAUGUUUUAGAUUACAUUUUACUUAGCCUUAAAGAGAUUGAAGAAUGCUUUUUGAAAUUACUAUAUGAUUAUUUAACUCUUGUUACCUAAAUUUGCCAUCUUUUAUUUUCAUGUGAAGUAUCAAUAAUCUGCACUAGCAAAUGCUUAAAUUUUGUUGGUCUAUUUAUUAUUUUGAUUUAGUAAAGUGUUGACAUUAGAUUAUUUUAUGAAGUGCAGUGGAAUUCCUUUGUGAUUAUUGAUUGUAUUCCACUCAUCCUUAGUCUAUUCCAUCAAUUUAAGUUUGUAUCAGUGAUAUAUUUUGCACUAUGUAUCUCAUUAUUUGUAUAUAUCACACUGUUCUACCAUUGUAAUGUGACUAUUUUAUUUUAAAAUGAAAUGAAUUAUACUUCUACAUAUUUUAAAAAAUAUUUAUUUAUUGCUGUUUUUUGAAGGUAACAAACAAAAAUUGUAACAGAACGAAAUCAGGGUCACCAUUCAAAUUCAAAGCAGGUAAAAAUUGUUGCGUUGCGAUAACCAUUUCUGUUAACUGUUGAAUCUUGCUGGAACCUUCUGUAGACCACAACGGUCGCGCUGCGCACACCACACGUUCAGGCUGCAUACAUCUGCCCGAUGUACUGCUUGCCGCCUGUGGGGAGGUGCAUAGGCAACCGUGCGGGGCAAGCCUG